UUUCUGAUCAAGUAUGAACCACCUUGUGUCUCCUUUGAAAUGAAGAAACUUUUAUGGAGUCUGACUCUGUUUGGUGUCAUCUUAAUCUUCCCUGUUAAUGGGGUGAUGGAGUAUGAUAAAAUGGAGAAGUUCACAGAUUUUAAUGGGACAAAUGUGUAUCAGACCGAAAAUAAUGUCAAAUCCAAAGCAAAGGUUACAAUGGUUGGACUCACUCUCAUUAAAAAUGCUGCUCUGAGAUCAGCAGUGUGUCUAGAUGGAAGUCCUGGCGGUUAUCAUUUUCAUCCCGGGUCUGGUUCAGGAGCAAAGAAUUGGCUCGUUCAUUUGGAGGGAGGCGGAUGGUGUAGUGACACUGAAAGUUGUGAAUACAGCAAAAGAACUAGUCACGGAUCGUCCAAGCAUAUGGAGAAAAAGAUACCUUUUACAGGAAUUCUAAGUGACAAAGCCUCUGAAAAUCCAGACUUUUAUAACUGGAACAGAGUAAAAGUUAGGUACUGUGACGGUGGAUCCUUUAUGGGAGACAAUGAAAAUAAGGAUGCAAAACUUCAGUUUAGAGGAAAGCGAAUAUGGACUUCUGUUAUGUCAGAUUUGUUGUCGAAUGGAAUGGAACAUGCAAAGCAGGGUCUGCUCUCUGGAUGUUCUGCCGGAGGCCUUGCAGCAAUAUUCCAAUGUGAAGACUUUAAGAGUUCACUCAUGUCUUCCACCAGGGUAAAAUGUCUGAGUGAUGCUGGCUUUUUCGUUGAUGCCACUGAUGUCUCUGGAGAUCGAUCUCUGAGACAGUUAUACACCGACGUAAUAGAAUUUCAGAGUAUUACAAACAAUCUCCCUAAUGACUGUUUAAAUCGUCUUAAUCCAACUUCGUGUUUUUUCCCACAAAACCUAAUAAACCAAGUCAAGACUCCAUUGUUUAUUCUAAAUGCUGCAUACGAUUCUUGGCAGAUCCAAGAGAGUUUAACUUCUAAAUCUGCAGAUCCAACUGGAAGUUGGGCUGACUGUACAUUUAACCUCGCCAAGUGCAAUGAAUCCCAGAUCAUGUUCUUUCAAGAGUUCAGGAUUCAUAUGGUGAAUUUGCUCGGUGGAUUCAAAGAGCAGCGUAAGAAUGGAGUGUUUCUUAACUCGUGCUUUUCUCAUUGUCAAACAGAGAGCCAUGACACAUGGUAUUCCAAAAACUCUCCUUCGGUUAAGAACAAGAGGAUUGCAGUUGCUGUGGGAGAUUGGUUUUUCGAAAGAGGAGGAGCAAAAAUCAUAGACUGUGCUUAUCCUUGUGACAAGACUUGCCGCAAUUUAAUUUAAAGGAUAAAUUUGUUUUGUGUUUCUAUUUUUUUGGGCAUCCAAAUCCUUCUUUCAUUCUCCUAACAGCCAAAAACUUUAAUAAAGUAGAAUACCUAAAACGAUUUACCUAACCAAAUUGGUAGUGUCAAAAUUAGUCCGAACCCUUUUUUUUUUUUAGUAUGAACUAU